AUGAAGCGCUUCAGCCAGAGGGUGCAUGCCCAGCUCUCGCGCGGCAAAGACAAAGACCCCAAUAAGCCCAAGAAGAAUAAGGAUUCCAAAGAUGGGACUGCAUCCCCCUCGUCGGUCGGCUCAGGCCGCGAUGCAAACCAGUCGCCUAACCCGACUCCUUCAUCCUCGACGACAAACCUCUCCGAUUCCCGCAAUAAGCCGCUGCCGCCUAACAACGCCGGCGCCCACGGCGGAGAACCGAACCAGCCGUCGCCAUUGAGCAACCAGCAAGGUGCUGCCCCGGAUCGCUUUGGCUCCACGGGAGCGGCCCAAAGUGCUAACGGUGGAGGUUCUCCAGCUCGCCAUGGCACCCUACCGCCUACCGUCAUCAUCAGCCCCAGCGCUCCUCACGUCCCGCCCCCUGGUGCUGCCGAAACCAUGCCACACGAUCUCGCGCCUCCGAAAGCGGGCACCAAGUCGCUCAUGUUCGAUCGCCUCCACCAGACGCCCAAGGACGUGCCCGAGGGCCUCAGAACACCCAAGCGACAGCAUUCGUCGAGGUUCGAUAUCUCUGCUCACCGCGAGCUGGAGAAGCUUCCUGGAUUCCACGAAGUUCCCCCCAACCGACGCCAAGAGCUCUUCAUGCAGAAGAUUGACCAGUGCAACGUCAUUUUUGACUUCAAUGAUGCCAGUGGUGACAUGAAAUCCAAGGAGAUCAAGCGACUCGCCCUCCACGAACUGCUCGACUACGUCGCUAAUAACCGUCAAGUCAUUACGGAGCCAAUGUACCCUAGAGUUGUCGAAAUGUUCGCCAAGAACCUCUUCCGACCCAUUCCGCCCCCGAUGAACCCCCAAGGAGAAGCUUUCGAUCCGGAGGAGGACGAACCCGUCUUGGAGGUUGCUUGGCCGCAUAUUCAGGUUGUCUACGAGUUCUUCCUGCGCUUUAUCGAAAGCCAGGACUUCAACACCAACAUUGCCAAGGCGUACAUUGACCAUAGCUUCGUGCUGCAGCUGCUGGAGCUCUUUGACUCGGAGGACCCGCGCGAGAGAGACUUCCUCAAGACGACGCUUCACCGUAUCUAUGGCAAGUUCCUGAACCUGAGAUCGUUCAUCCGUCGCUCCAUCAACAACGUAUUCUUCCAGUUCACAUACGAAACGGAGAGAUUUAACGGCAUUGCUGAAUUGUUGGAAAUUCUGGGCUCUAUUAUCAACGGUUUCGCUCUGCCGCUGAAGGAGGAGCAUAAGACCUUCUUGACGCGGGUUGUCCUCGGACUGCUCCGCUACUGGCCCAAGGUCAACAGCACAAAAGAGGUUAUGUUCCUUAACGAGGUCGAAGACAUUUUCGAAGUCAUGGACCCGGCUGAAUUCGCCAAGGUUCAGGAGCCUCUUUUCCACCAGCUGGCCAAGUCGGUUGCCAGCCCCCAUUUCCAGGUUGCUGAGCGUGCUCUUUACUUCUGGAACAAUGAGUACUUCUGCAACUUGGUCAGUGAUAACGUUGAGAUUAUCCUGCCCAUCAUGUUUGCGCCUCUAUACGAGAACUCCAAGGGACACUGGAACCGUACGAUUCACGGCAUGGUUUAUAACGCCAUGAAGCUGUUCAUGGAGAUCAACCCUCAAUUGUUUGACGACUGCUCCCACGAUUACACCGAGCAGCAAAACAGCGCCGCAGCCAGAGAAGCCCUCCGUGAAAGAAAGUGGGCGUCAAUCACCGAUCAGGCCAACCAGAGACGGUCAGCCAACGGUGCGGGCGCUCCGACAUCAGGUAGAGCACACGCUGGCUCCCUUUCUCGCGUUGAUGAAGUCGACGGAACCGAAGACAACCAGAAGCGAUUAGACUCUCUCAAGCUGCAAGAUGGCGACCGCAGGGAACGUCGGCAUGAGCAACAAGACUCGGCCCCGGAACAAAACGGCGAGGAGAAAGCCGAGGCGACUGAGGAGUCAUGA